AUGAGAAGCUUUAUAACUUCCGUUCUUCUCGCCCUGGUCGCCAUCGUGGCUAUUACAUCUGCUGCUCCAGCGACAGGUGAGGAUGGUCACGGCGACCGCCACGUGCGUGCCACGUGUGACCUGCUGAGCGCCUUCGGCGUAGGGGACUCUCCCUGCGCCGCCCGCUGCAUCGCCAUGCGAAAAGGCUUCAGGGGCGGCUACUGCGAUAAGGGCGUCUGCCACUGCCGCAAGUAG